ACAACCGCGUCGUGUUUUGGUUUGGCGACUAUCAAAAGCGGUUUGCCCACCUGUUUAGUUCAUUGAUAUUUUCCUUCAUAAACUUUGCGUGUUUAACAAAGUGAUACUGCAAUUAUUUUAACAUUACGGUGGAGUUUCCUAGUGCACAAUGCAGUCUCCAGAAGAACUUCUCGGACUGAUGGUGAAAACUUUCAGGAGAGAAUGCCGCAGAGUCCAAAAGUCUGAGAGGACCACCAUUCAAGGGGCAGAUGGCAUGCUCAUGGUGCUCCAGCUCGCUAUGGCAGAAGUUAAUAAAAGGCAAUGUGGAGAGUUUAUGGUUACCCUAAGUGAUAUCCUAGUGGCCUGGAAGCACUUAAUUUUACACAAACUUAGUUUGCCACCACCAUGCUCUGUACCUUUGGAAAGUUACAGUCUUAUUCUUGAAGAAUAUAAAUCCUUCCUGAAGUGCUCAAACACGGUGGAUCUGUUGGAUAUUUACUCGAUGUACAAGGAACUGAAAGAGGAUUUUGAUCCAGAGAUCUCCUUGAAUGCUACCCAGCUUUUUGAGUAUUUGUCUGGAAACACAAAAUCUGCUGAGAGUGAGGACACUUCCGCUCCAUCUACACCAUCUAGUACGCCAAGGAGGUGCACUCCACAAAUCCAAACUGCUGUGAGACGUGUUUUCUGCUCAUAUCUGAGCUUACUUGUGAAUUCUAAGAAUGACCUGGCUAUGGCACUUACUCUAGAUGUCCCAAAACGCAAUCUUGGCCGAGACGCCUUUACAAGCAUUAAACAUGCUGCCCGUGAUGAUAAUUCCUCGCUCUUUCUGACUGUUACAUCCUUUGUGAGAGCCAUUCAACUCGGAGGAAAGGGCUAUGCCCCGGCAGAAUCCCAUCCAUUAAGAAAACAUAUCAAAGGCCUGUCUGACUUUGUACAAGUUAUAGACAACUUGGAAGAAAUACUUGGCGAGGUACCAGAUCCAAGUGCAUGCUGCAAUAGGCUUGUGACAGCCAUCAGAGCACUUUUUUUGAAGGGACGCAUCAGUGGAGAUCCUGUGUAUAUUGCAGCUGACAAAACUGCUAAAGAUCUUAAGGAAAGAAUCUUUCUGCUGCACCAGAAUCACAAACCGACGACUAAUGAAAGGAUGACAGGGAUAAGUCCUGCCAGGCCAAAGGCAUAUGCGAUUAACCAUGCUACUGCAUUAGGAGGGCGUGACACUGUGAAGCUGCUCAUGGCAUUAUUGGAUGAAGAAUCUUUAAUUACUCCUUGUCCAAACAAAGCCGACCUGUUGUCAGAAGAUCAGCCUAUACUAAAUGGAGAAGAGGGUGUCUGUGUGUUCACAUUAUACAGAUCUCCUGAAGUGUCCAUGGGAUGCUCUCCAGUUUCCCUAACAAACAGGGUCCAAAGUCGGCUGGAACAGCUUAAACCUAAGGUUAAAGACAAGGGUAUUAGAUCUCAAUUUGCCUGCACCUACAUUGAUGAUGGGUUGCCACUGAACCGUGUUCUGGAGUUCCCCAGUACCAGUCAGGUGCCAACAUGUGUUCACCCAGCUCGCAAACCUAGAUGGAUGUCAGGAGAGGAGGAGUGCUGUCAAAGUGUGGAUGCAGAAAAAUCUGCCUCUGAAAGCCUCAACACUGACACUAGAAGCUUGCAGCAGCAUGCUGCACUUGGACCCAGGACUGGAAAUGCCCAUAACAGGGUUGCCGGGCCAGGCAAAAGAAAGAAAACUGGCAUAGAUGUUCAAAUCAAGGCUAACAAGAGGAAACAGGUGGAGACUGACCAGCCUGGAGGGUCAGAAAAUGAGCCUCCAAAGAAGAAACCUCCCACUACUGUGAAAAAUCCUGGUAAAGCCAUCAGCAAGCCUACAAAUAAAAAGCUGAUAGCUGGACAGGGCAAGCUUACAAACUUCUUCAGACUGUAAAUUAUGUUUCCCUGACUCAUUUGUGUCCAGUGAUCAAUUAAUAAUUUUUAUGAAAACUGCUGCGAUCACCUUCAAAUGUCAUUUGUCAUUUGUACCGUAGUAUAAUGGCCUAAAUGCUCUUUUCAAGCAUGACAAGUUGGAAUUACAAAAAACAAGCUUUUAAUAAACUUUUAUUUUGUCUUUUUUC